GAAGAAGACGUUUCGGCAGAUAACGACCACCGAUGGGCGCUCGUUAGGAGGUCGUCCUUCGGGAUGCCGUUUCGGCUGGACGCUCAUCUUUUUUCACGCCUGGACGCUCCCACCUUCCUCCGUCGCCGGCCCCAAGAAGCUCCCAAAGCUCCGCGAGACAUGGACGCAACUUGGUCCAUCCUGUCGAAGAUGCUGGCUGUGCUCAUGCUGGUGAUAUUAAGAACUGUACGAGGAGAUACGACCACGAGCACCCCUCUGACAGGACCUGCGACUGCUCCUGAGUAUGGAGCAUCUUCUUGCGGAGGAAUAAUUUCAGAAUCCGAAGUUUCUCUAAAGAGUCCAGAUUUUCCAACAGAAUAUCCAUCGAGAGAGAAAUGCGAAUGGCGUGUUCUUCGCCAUUCCACAGAUGUCUGUGGAUUGGAAUUAACAUUCGAACACUUCGACCUGGAGCCCAGUGAUAACUGUACCUACGACUAUCUACAAGUGGACCAAGUCAAGCUGUGUGGGAAAAUAGCAGAUGGAGCCGUCCGUGUCUUUAUGUUCGCUGAGAAAGAAGCCACCCUCAGCUUCGUCAGCGAUAACCAGAAUUCUAGAUCUGGUUUCAAUAUCCGGAUCCGACAAAUCAAGAUCUGUACUCCCGAGCCAAAAAGUUCCUCCUGCAGUCAAACAUUCAAUCAGAAGGAAUUCUUCGUCCGGAGUCCUGGCUAUCCAAGCAACUAUAGUGAUAAUUCAAACUGCAUGUACCGAGUCCUGCGGCACAGCAAACGUGUAUGUGCAAUCAAAGUAACGUUUGCUACUUUCCAUAUAGAAGAGAGUGUCAACUGCAAGAAUGAUUUCUUCGGCGUGGAUAACCGUAAAUUCUGUGGCAAAUUAGAAGAUGCCACCACACAAACAUUUCCAUUCCAAGGGGAAGAGAAAGUGCUCUCUUUUGUAUCGGAUUCCAGCGUAGCUGGUCCAGGGUUCUUCGCUCAUGUCCAACAGGAAGAAUGCGACCCACGUUCGUUGGCUAUUCCUCAAGAUGAUUGUUCUGCCGAAAUUAGGGAGUUGCAGUUCGAUCUGAAAAGCCCAGGAUAUCCUAAUGAUGCAUACGCAGACGAUCUCAACUGCCGCUACACGGUGAUGAAAGCUUCUCCAUCCGUCUGUGACCUUGUCGUGACUAUCCUCGACUUCAGUCUGCAAGAGGGAGAGGUAUGCGAAAACGAUUAUCUCCAAAUUGCGGAAGAAAGGCUUUGCGGAAACAUUGACAGUGGCAUGACAAGGACAUAUCCGUUUGGAAAUUCGGAAGAGAUCCUUUUAAGUUUUGACACGGAUGGUUCCGUGGGGGAUAAAGGAUUCCAUAUUUCUGGAAUACAGAGAGAUUGCAACGCUACCGAUGACUCAGUAAGUAACAGCACGGAUCAAGAACGGAAGGCGCAGGCCGCCUGGGAUUGUGAUCGGACCAUUACAGGAGCAGAGGAUUCAAUUCGCAGCCCUGGAUUUCCAGAAUCCUAUCCACCAGAUGUAGACUGCCGCUGGAUGAUUUUCAGGGCGGAUCCACGAUAUUGUGAGCUCGAGAUUACCAUCCACAGCCUGCAUAUUCAAGUAGGGGAGAGCUGUCAGUUCGACUACUUAGAAGUAGAUGGCCAUAGAUUCUGUGGCAGUACCACAGCUGGAAAUAAACGCAUUUUUAGCUUCAAGUCGGAGCAGAUUGUCAUUCAUUUCCACUCGGACAGCACGAUUCACGAUCGGGGCUUUGAGGUGACGCUAAAACAGAGAGAAUGUCCAACGACAACCACACUUCCCGCAGCCUCAUUCUGUGAUCAGGUAUUUGAUAGCAAGGAAUUCAUUCUAGUCAGUCCAAAUCAUCCUCGGGACUACGACAACGGAGUAAACUGCAGAUAUAUUAUUCGACGGAGUAGCGAAGAUGUGUGCCGCCUGGAAAUGGAUUUCCUACGCUUUGAUGUGGAAUCUAGUAGCAACUGCGAGUACGAUUACCUAGCUAUCAACGGGGAGAAGAUCUGUGGUCAAAUUGAGAAUUCAACACGAACCUAUUUAUUUCAGGAUUACGAGAAGCAGCUGACUUUCCACUCAGACUCUGGUACCUCUCGGCCUGGCUUCAUGAUUCGUGUUCAGCAAGUGGACUGUUCACCAGUGACAACAGAUCCACCCUUACCGCCGUCCAAGCCAUGUGACAUGCACUUUUCAUCUGCCGUUUUUGAAAUCAUGAGUGACAACCAUCCAAACAAUUACGAUCCUCACUUACGAUGCACGUAUACGGUGGCCCGUGCGCAUGCAGGAGUUUGUGCACUUGAGCUGAACUUUCUCAGCUUUGAUGUAGAGGCCAGCGAUGGUUGCCAAUACGAUUAUCUGAAACUACAGGAAGAGAAACUGUGUGGUAUUUAUCCUGCGAAUUUGAAAAGAAUCAUUCCCUUUGAAGGUAAUGAACUGAUCUUAGAGUUUCAUUCCGAUGGAGCUACGUCGAGGCCAGGAUUCCACAUUCGAGGGCAACAAAUGGACUGCGCUCCUUUGACUGACCAAGUGUCACCCCCAUCCAUAAUCGGUAGCUGCGACGUUUCAUUUACCAAUGCCAGUGGAACUUUCCAGAGUCCUGGAUUUCCGGAACCCUAUCCAGGACCUCGAACAUGCAUAUACCGCUUUACAGCUCUGCCGGAUCGCUGUCGUAUAGCGUUCCAAUUCCUGGAAUUCGGACUUCAGGCCGAAAAUUCUCUUUGUGAAAACGACUACUUGCGCAUCAAUGGCAUUAAGUACUGUGGCCCACAACUGCUUGGUCAAAAAAGAACUGUUACUUUCUAUGGAUAUCCACGGGAAGUUAAUGUUACGUUUGUGAGCGAUGAUUCUAUUUUAGACAAAGGGUUUUAUGCUGUCUACAGACAGUUACCAUGCUCUCCUGCUUUUGGAAGGUCUCCAUCCCAGCGCAAGAAUGGCAAACCUCGUACUUGCGAUCGUCUAUAUGCAUCGCUGGCUUUCACCAUUUUGAGUCCCGAACAUCCUGAGAACUAUCCUUCCGAUGUGGAGUGCCGGUACACCAUUAGGAGGCUGGGACCUCGGAUUUGUCGACUGAAGCUGUCUUUCCGCGCUUUUGAUAUAGAAUCUAGCGAGGGAUGUGAAUAUGAUUACUUCGAAGUAGACGGGCAGAAACUUUGUGGAACUCUACCGGCAGACCAUACGCGCAUGGUAGAGUUAAAGAAUUAUCAAACUGUGUUCACGUUCCAUUCCGAUUCUGCAAACACGAGACCUGGAUUUGUCAUCAAAGUAGAGCAGGAAGAAUGUCAAGAUUCAACUAAAGUAGAACCGCCUGUGCAAAAGCCGGACUUUCCGCAUCAGAAAGGUGUAGCACACUUCGAGCCCCCUGUUGCUGAGCCUCCAUUGGAGGAGACUUAUCUAUUUCCUCCUCCUCCUCUUGAUUACGAAUACCUGAUAGAUUACCCAAUCUAUGAGGCAACGGCUCUGCAACGUACUUUGCAGGUGACUAAUCAAAAUUGCGAUCGGAUCUUUCAACGCCCCGAGUUCGAGAUCCGCAGCGUCAACUUCCCACUGCCGUAUCCUAACGGCUUGAAUUGCCGUUACCUGGUCCGCAAGGCUUCGGAUGAUAUAUGUUGGGUGAAGCUGGUUUUCCUGAGAUUUGAUCUGGAACCUAGCGACGAUUGCCACUUCGACUACUUGAGCAUCAAUGGCAGAAGGAUAUGCGGAACGUUACCGGAUGACGACAUAAGAGCUUAUCUCUUCAAUUCCGAAGAGAUUUCAAUGUACUUCCGAUCCGACGGAGCUAAUGCGCACAGGGGAUUUUUAAUCAGAGGUGAACAACUUAAAUGCAAGCCUAAAGGACCCUCUCCAGUUGCCAAUAAAACAAUAGAAAUUUGUGAUCGAACAUUCGAUCGGGAAUUCUUUGUUGUCCAGAGCCCAAAUUUCCCUGACCCGUAUCCUGCGAGCACCGAGUGCACCUAUGUAAUCCAUAAGGCCAACCGGUACGUGUGUGGACUGCAACUAACCAUGCUGGCCUUCGAUGUCGAAAACGAAGCUUCCUGCUCCAAAGACUACUUACAAAUUGGCGAAGAUAAGAUCUGUGGCCCUCUGCCGACGAGGACAGUUCGAGCCAUACCAUUUACAGGAGAAAGUAUGAGCUUGAAGUUCAAAUCUGAUGCCAAAAAUGAAAGACCGGGAUUCUCUAUCCUUGUGCAACAACUUGAGAAUUGUGUUGAAAUUCACAGAUCUGCAUCUUUAGUCGGAAAAUGUGCUCAUGAAUUCUCGGCGGAGACGUUCUUGCUUCAAAGCCCCGAUUUUCCAGAGGAGUAUCCAGCUGAUGCUACCUGUGAGUACCGGAUAAAACGCCGAACUCCGGCCCACUGCCGCUUAGAGCUUCGUGUUUUGAGCUUCGACCUAGAGGAAGGCACAGACGGUCGUUGCGAUGCUGACCACUUGGAACUUCCAGCUGGUUAUAAGUUGUGCGGUCAGCUGCCCAAAGACCACACAG